GCUCUAAAGCGCCUGCAGAAGGAACUGACGGACAUCACUACGGACCCCGCUCCCAUGUGCUCUGCAGGGCCGGUGGACGAUGACAUGUUCACAUGGAGGGGGGCCAUCAUGGGUCCCCCCAACAGCCCCUACGAGGGAGGGGUCUUCUCACUCAACAUACAGUUCCCAUAUGAUUAUCCCUUUCAGCCUCCGUGGAUUUACUUCACCACCCGGAUAUACCACCCCAAUAUCGACAGAAGAGGAAACAUCUGUCUAGAUAUCCUCAAGUCCCAGUGGUCUCCUGCACUGACGAUAUCCAAACUCUUGUUGUCCAUCUGCUCCAUGCUCUGCGAUCCCAACCCCGAUGAUGCCUUAGUUCCAUCCAUUGCCAGAAUGUACUUAAGGGACAGGGACACAUAUAAUGCCAUGGCCCGAGCUUGGACCAAGAAGUAUGCCAUGUGA